AUGUGGAUCGAAGGACUGCUCAACAGAAAUACCGGCAGUCUCUCAUCAUCCUCGCACUCUCACUCGUCAAUCGAGCAGAUCCAGCCAAACCCCAUGGAAGUCAACAAAGAUUCUCCAGAACCAAUUACCAUUGAUGAAAACAUUGUCCUCAAGGAGCUUUCCAUCCACAAAUGCUUCCGCUUGCCGGCUCAUGCGCCUGGCGUCGAGGUUACAGAUCUCCCCAACUUUGACGAUGUCACUCCGUACGGGGCAACAGACGAAGUACAGCAGCAACUGUGGGAACUCGAGACAAAGAGACUUGUCAAGGCUGUCACUGAACGAGAGCCUUUACGGUUUCGAGGUUCCAUGGAUCUGGCCAUCGACUCAAAAGAGGCAUAUGCCAUCCUUGCCAGUCUUGCAGACAGGGCCCUGACUAUCAUCUCUCACGACGGCGAGUCCAUAUCACUCUUCAGCAAGACAAAGUGGCGGGAUUCCCAAAUAUCAUUAGGAUAUAUGUGCGAUAAGGAGGACGACCGAGAUGCUGGCGAAAGACGGCCAGAGGAAGCAGCUAAGGGGAACACUGAAGACUUCUUCCGCUUCGUGGACUACUGCACCGCUAUCACGGCUCGUUUCCUUUGCUCGGCCACCGAGGGUACCUCCGUUCACGUCAAUAUCCUCGCACACAUGGCAAAAAUCACGACGAAGAUCAAAGUUGUAGCAGCCGAUUUCAAGAGACAUGCACAGGUGUCACUCGACAAUGGAGUCUCAGAACGGCAAAUUGCAAUACCCGAUGAACACGGAGUUCGCGGAUUGAACAAGGCGGUAAAUUUGCCAACCAUGAGCAUGGCCGCUGGCAAAGCACCAGGGCAAAAGCCGACUCGUGAAACUGCUGAUAGCUCAGAGGAAUUCGCAGAUGCGUAUAUGGAUCGUUUGAUUGAGAGUCUGGAGUCCCGAACUCUAGAUCGCAUGGCACCUCUUGAGACGGCGACAAAGAAAAAGGCACUUCGCAUAAUAUACUAUCAAAGAUGUGAUAGCUACCGAUGCGGUCUUGUCGGAAUGCUGGAAGGGUUCUUGGUCCAUCUCAGAGGGACUAGCAAGUUGACACAAACAUUUUCGACGUCCUAUGAGAUCAGUGGGAUGGUCUACGAAACUGGCUUUGAACGUUUUCGGACACUUGUAUUCCAAGACGAGGAGCACAACUUCAACGGAACUUCCGACGCGCUCAAUGUGAAUUAUGCUCGGAAUGGCUUUCACCUUCUCAACCAAACCCUCGAAAAAAUGCAGGCGGAGAUGAUGCCAGAAAUAAACACACCGGAUGAACACGAUGCAGUUUCGAUCGGGACCGCGAUAUCAUGGAACUAUACGCCUGACAGCCCUAACACGGGCCCCAAGAGCCCCAGCACACAAGCCAGACAUAUCGUCAAACUCAGGUCUAUGUCCGACACUAUUACCGUACUCGUCCCGCUGUUACUCGCAAACCCAUCCAGGGCAUGCUCCGUGUCCAACUUCUUCAACAGGAUAACCUUCGUACAACACCUGAGACUCCACUCACAACUGACAGAGGAAGAUCGGAACGUUCCGUUCAAGCCCUACACUUACCCCGAUUAUACAGCCUAUUUUUCUCUUUCGACGGAGGAGUAUCGUGUUGAACAGUGCUCCCGUCCCCUUGAUGGACCGAAGUCGCUCUCCAACGCCCUGAUGCGCCGCAACAAUCUCCAUAGAGGGGAUGGCAUCACAGCGCUUCCACGAGUAAGCAGCAAUGCUUGCAGUACGCCGGAUCUUCGAAACACAGGAUCUUUGACAUCUCGCAUGGCCGAUCAAAGUGCGCUUGAAAGGAUUGAGUCUCGCCGGCAAGAGCUCGACCGCGUGGGAAACAUGAUGAAGUCCUGGGUUUUUGAGGAGAAUGGAGUCAUGGUUACGUGCAAAGCGUACGUGGCUUUGACAAUGCUCUUCUGCGCUGUUCUUGUUGGAGGCGGGAUAGCCGUCGGGGCAACAGUCGGCACAAGAAUCACUGCGGUUGAUCCGUUCAACGUCACGAUGUACUGCUGGGUGUUGGCAGCGUUUGUGCUACUCGUGGCAAAAAGUGUUCGGGUCCAUGACUGGCCUUGGAACGACUUCCUCCAUUGGCGAGUCCUGUGCAGGAGCGUCUCCGAACUAUCCUCAGUGACGGGGAUUGAUGACCAGCUCAUCCUGGCGAAGUUGUUACAAGACGAAGCCGUUUCCUGCCUUGAUACCAGAGGACCGUUCAAUACGGUAUUCUGCCGGAGGUCCGGUGGCGGUGACGGCUUCUCGAUAGAUCGCCCCAUUGGCAUGUGGGCGAUGCUUGUCAGCGGGUUGAUCAUGAUUGAGGUUGAGUCCAUGAACGGUCGGGGGUUGGUCUGUCUAGACCUCCGCAGAGGGACGAGGGGUGCAGUCAUCAAAUGCUGUGAUCCGGAAGACCGGCCAUCGUAUAUCUACUGCAACCGCAUACCAGAACGCAAAUGCAAGGAACGCGAGGCACAGGGCGAGCAGGGCCACGGAAACCCGUGCAAACUCGUUCUGAACUGUGGGGAUAUCCUCUGGAUGCGAGCCUUGGGGUUCUAUUCUAACAAGGAUGCAUUGUUCAUCUAAUCAACCAUCCCUAGAUUGCCUCUUGCCUGGAGGGGAGAUACCUAGUAUGAGAGCGGAAGUUCAAGUAUGAGGCCAGCUGGGUGAGCAAUGUUACAGUACUCAUUACUUACCUUCCUUUUUGCUGUAGAUUGAAGAAAUCAUUCCCUCCCUCCACCCAACUACCUACCAAGCGUUCCACAUCCCACAAAAAGUCGUCCACAUCCCCCUUGAUAUGCCACGCCUCAUUAUACGCACAACUCAAACACAACACCCCAUCAAACUUCCCCAAAAACACCCCCAACCCAUUCGUCAGUUCCUCCCCCGU